AUGGUUCUCAAGAUUGAGCUAUGCAGAUUCAGUGGCCAGAAGAUUUACCCUGGUAGGGGUAUUAGAUUCAUCAGAAGAUCUGAUUCACAGGUUUUUUUGUUUGCAAAUUCCAAAUGCAAAAGGUACUUUCAUAACAAGCAGCUGAAGCCGUCAAAGCUUACAUGGACCGCGAUGUACCGAAAGCAGCACAAGAAGGAUCUUGCGCAAGAGGCUGUGAAGAAGAGGCGUCGUGCAACCAAGAAGCCGUAUUCCACUAUUGUGGGAGCUACUUUGGAAGUUAUUCAGAAGAAGAGAAGUGAGAAACCUGAAGUCCGUGAUGCUGCUCUUCGCGGGAAAUCUACAGCUAUUUAUGCUUGUGCCAAAGAGGAAGGGUUUCAAGUUAUCGAAGUGAAUACAUUAGAUUGGGGAAACAGUGCGCUAUCAACUUUGGUUCUUUCAUAUUCACCAAAAAGCGAGCGUGCUUGGACUCAUAUGUAA